AGAGAGAAAAACACGCGGCUGGUAAACUCCAUACCAAUUUCUCCUCCCUCCGGCUUUCUGUCGUUUACCCUGCUCAUUGAUUUUGUCAUCGUAAAAUCUUACCACUAACCCACCUCCACUUUCAAGAAUUUCGCCAACACUUUGCUGAAUUCUUCGGUGGAAAGAUGGAAUUACAGAGUGAGUUUGAAGAAUGGGAAGCUUGUUUUCAGAAUAAUAAUGAUAAUGAUGAGGAUGAAGAUGAUGAAUUAACUAUUGAUCCUGAUGUAUCUCUCUCUUAUAUUGAUGAGAAAAUUCGAACUGUCUUGGGAGAUUGUCAGAAGGAUUUUGAAGGUCGAAUGUCGGCUGAAAAUUUGGGGGCGAAGUUUGGGGAUUACGGUUCAUUUUUGCCCAUGUAUCAGCGUUCUCCGGCUUGGCCUCGUUCAGAUCCACGCACAAAAGAUCUUAAUUACAGCGCACCCGUAUCUCCAAAUGAUGCACCUAUAGAGGGUGGUAAUCAGAACUCUGUUUCCCACUCAAAUGCGUCACAACCGAUAAGAAACGGGUCAGCCUCCUUUAGCGGCAUAUCAGGGUCGGCACCUAGGAAGUCAAAGUCAAAGUCAAACAGUAAAUUGAAACAAGAAGUCAACACAUCUCGUGGUAAAAAGUCCAAAUCCGUUAGCAACUCUGCUAACGAUUCUGACCAGAAGUCGCUAAUGGUUCGAAAUGAAGUUGGCUCUGAUCACAUGUUGAGUAAAAGAAACGCUGAAAUCUAUAGUGGGCUUGGGCUCGAUUUUUCACCGUCAUCUUCAUCGGAAGCCAGUCCAGUAAAUAGUGAAUGGUUUUUUCAUGGGCCUCAAGAUGGGCCAGAUGAGUCUCCCACUAGUAUUCUUGAGAUGAUGACUGCGUUUCCAGUUUCGGGAAGUCUUCUAUUAUCUCCUCUUCCGGAUGAUGUGUUGCACUUGACCGAAACGAAGUCGGAUGAUAAUAAUCGCGGACCCAAAAUAAGCCAAGAAAAUAUCGUGACAGCUUCUCACGGGUCUGAUUUGGUCAAAGUUGACCAAAACAUCGUUGGAGAAAAGUCAAAGUCAACUGAAAAGAACUCAGUCUCAGUGGAAUCAACAAAUGGUGUUUUACCAAAAAAGGAAACGAGUGUGGACAAUUUUGCCCCUGGGAAUAAGACGUCAUCUUCAGGUGGCAAAAGGAAAGCCGAAGGUGGUUUAAAGAACGAAUCUUGUACAUCUAAAACUAAUAAAAAUCACAACUGGUCAAAGAACAUUGGUGGGAAAGUCAACGAGACUUAUAAGGAUUUCUUCGGCGAACUUGAUAUAGAACAGGAACAUGAUCAAAUGGAUUUGGAGAAACCUUUGGGGGACGUUAACGUAAAAGGCGCACCGGAAAAUGAUAGUUUAUUCAAAAAGAAAUUAAAUGGAAAGAAAAGUCAAAACGUCUCUGCAUCAACAAUGGGAAAUGGGCUAGAAGCUGAUGCAGCGGGUCAAACGGUAGUUCCGGUGGUCAACGAAGAUUGGGUUUGUUGCGACAAGUGUGAAAAAUGGCGACUUCUUCCACCUGGACAAAAUCCGAGCAGCCUUCCCGAAAAGUGGAUUUGUGACAUGCUUGACUGGCUGCCCGGAAUGAAUCGUUGUAGCAUCAGUGAAGAGGAAACGACAAAGGCUAUAACCUCUCGUUUUCCCGGUCCUGUUCCCGGUUCUCAACCCGUUCAUCCUAGUGGGCCCCACUUAGGAGUGAUCUCACAUGAUGGACCCCACCAACAUUUCGGUUCAGAAAUUACGUCUUCUAGUGUCAAGAAAAAGCAUGGAUUAGAAGAUUUAACUUAUGAAGCCAAGUGGGACGGGCCUUCGCUAUCAUCUAACUCUUCAAAGAAGAAACGUCACUCCUCAUGUAAAACCCGAAGUGUGAACGGUAUAAAUCAUUCUUCUCUUGUCAGUGAAGUAGAGUUUCAAGAUUCGGGUCAAUCUCGUGAUGUGAUCGUGGAAAAGGACAAAAUAAAGCAUGAAGAGGACAAUAAAAUACGUGAAAACUUUGCAGAUGAAGGUAAUAACAUUCAUCGCCUCAAGAUCAGCAACAAAGGUGAUAGCACUCAAGAUUUUUCCAAAAUUUCCAAGAAAGAAGAUGGUAACGGUGGACCCCACAUUGCAAAACGUGACAAACAAGAUGUUCUAAAGAAAAGAAAGGAGGUGAAUGAAUUUGAUGUGAAAGAAAUAGGUGAAACCAAUCACAGAAAGGAAAAGAAAGCAAGGGUAUUGAAGUCUUUUGACGAAGGAAUCUCUGUAAACAAAGUUAAAAACGUUAAAGAUACGAAAUUAACGGAUUCUUCAAGACAAUAUACGGUUCGGGCCGCUGCUUCAAGCUCUUCAAAGAUUUCUGAUUCUCAUAAAGCUAAACCAAAUGAUCAGGAAUCAAAAGGGUCACCGGUGGAAUCGGUUUCUUCUUCUCCUACGAGAAUGUUGAAUAAUAAAGGCGUUGACUUUUUGACCAAAAAUGUUGAUAGCCGGCGUAAUGAAGAAAAAUCUAGAGGAAGAAACAAAUCUAAGGAGUUACCGUUGAACGAAAACGUUAAAAAUGAUAUUGUUGUUCAAGAUUCCAAGAAACGUUCGAAGAAGGAUGUUUCUAUAAAAGGAAAGUCAAACGCUUUCCCACCAAAGGGUCAAAGUGAGAUUGAACAUAAAGAAAACGCUGGAAAUAAUACAACGUUGAAGGGUUCAAAACACGAUAAGAAAUCUCAAGAUUUGAAUAUAAAGAAUCGCACACCCGAAAAAUAUAAGGAGAAAACUCUUGAUCCAACGGUUGUUCUUGUUCGGGAUUUAUCGACUCAAGCUACAACAAGUGCUUUAAGAGAGGCUACUAAUCUUAAGCAUAUGGCUGAUCGUGUAAAGAACAAUGGAUCAAGCCUUGAAAGCCGAGCCCUUUAUAUGGAAGCAGCCCUUAAAUUUCUUCAUGUAGCCUCUUUAUUCGAGUCCUGCCAUAGCCAGACCGGGAGAUACGGUGAUAUGAUCCAAUCAGUAUCCAUAUACAGUAGCACUGCAAACCUAUGCAAAUUCUGUGCUCAUGAAUAUGAGAGAACCAAGGAGAUGACCACUGCAUCUUUGGCCUACAAAUGCAUGGAGGUCGCAUACAUGAAAGUCGUUUAUUCUUCAACUUCAACUGCUUGCAAAGAUGUGAACGAGUUGCAAACGUGUCUUCAUAUAGGCGAGUCUCCAUCUUCCUCUGCUACUGCUACUGCUUCUUCUGUUAUUGCCGUUAAAAGCAAACCCAACCUUACACGGAUUCUUGACUUUGCGCAAAAUGUAAAUUCGGCAAUGGAAGCCUCAAGGAAAUCAAGGAUCGCACUUGCGGCUUGUAGUUCAAAAGACGAGGCUGUUAUAUCUGCAAUUAAAAGGGCUCUUGAUUUUGAUUUUCAUGACGUUGAUGAGUUAUUGCAUCGGGUUCGAGUGGCAAUGGAAUUAAUUAAUAGGUGAUUCAAGCAUUUAGAACAUGGUUGAGAUGUGAGGCGAUUCGGAAAACGCCUCACGGCCUUGAGGCGGCAUCUCAUGCACAUUUGGGUCAACUAUCGCGUCCGUGAAGCUCUUGCCUCGCACCUCACGUUUUUGGACGUAAACGCUGUCACGCUUUUUGGAACCAAGAUUUGGAACUAAGUGGAAAGUUAAGCCACAAGCACACUUAUCUUCACCGGUCUUUUUCAGUCAUCUUGAAAGAAAAGAUCUCCGUAACUGGACAGAUUAUUAUUCAGUCGGAAAGAAGGAUGAUUCCGAUAUGUUAAUUUGUCAUCAAGAUUGUUGCUUUCGAAGAAUCCCAAGAACAAUGUGUCGUUAAGGUGAUUAUCGACUUGAACGAUCAACUUGCAGCGUAAAAAGAACAUAAAACCGACAAAGCUUCAGUUUAUAUAUCUGUACAUAAUGGAGUUUUUGAGUUAGAUUGCUUUAUGCAGUAAUGGAAGUCAUGGAGUAAAUAUUAAUUGCUUAAUGUUGUGGUUACAAGGUUAAAAUGGUAAUUUUAAAUGCCCAUUGAUCUGCUUCAGUACAAGAAGUAUAUACAAAAGUUGUAAUUAGGGUUUGACAUAGAUGUCUAGAAUUUAGCUUGUGUAUAGUUAAUAUAUUGAAGUUGUUGUACAAGCAAAAAUACACGUGUUUCGACUCGAUUAAUAUCCUGAUGUUUAAUUAUA